AUGGACCUCAGGCGCAGCAUCAAUGGGACAACUGACUUUCCUUGUUUGGGGAUAGAUGAGGCUUUCCUUCAGAUGGAAGGGCAUUCAGCCAAAUGUGUGCUGAUCCACCUCUUCAUGGCUUUUCAUGCUGCCAUCACCGUAUUCGGAAACCUCCUGGUCAUCACCUCCAUCCUCUACUUCCGACAGCUCCACUCUCCCACCAACUAUCUCAUCACCUCGCUGGCUGUGGCCGACCUGCUGGUGGGGACCUUAGUGUAUCCCAUGACCAUCCACUCCUCCCUGACUUCCUGCGUCUUCAGCGACGCACUGCUCUGCCCGGUGCGCCAGGUGCUGGACGUCUCGCUGUGCACGGCGUCCAUUUUGAACCUGUGCUGCAUUUCCGUCGACAGAUACUACGCGGUGUGUGAGCCGCUGAGAUACAGAGUUAAAAUAAACGAUCAUGUGGUGGUGCUCAUGAUCGCGGUGAACUGGGCCGUGUCCUUGCUGAUCGGGCUUUGUUUAACUACAGUGGAGAUUCAUGCACCGUGCGAGGGCCUGUGUGUUAUUGUUGUGUUUGUCAGGCUUCUGGGACUCAUUAUCGCCUUCUACCUGCCGAUGACGGUCAUGCUGUCUAUCUACCUGAAGAUCUUCAUGGUGGCGCACAGACAGGUGCGCAGCAUCCAGGUGGCUGUCCUCAAGACCUCGAACCCGACCAUCAGUCGGAUGGAAAGGAAGGCGACCACAACCUUGGCCGUCGUCAUGGGAACGUUCCUCAUCUGCUGGCUUCCCUUUUUCCUCUACACCACCCUCCUCUUUGUGACGCCCGUCAACCUACUUGUGAUGGAGUUUCUCAACUGGUUUGCUUUAUGUAACUCCACGCUGAAUCCCUUCAUUUAUGGGUUUUUCUACAGCUGGUUCAGGUCGGCUUUCAGGAUGAUCAUAGCUGGUAAAAUCUUUAAAGGGGAUUUUAGGAACUCAAGACUUCAAUGA